ACUAUCGCCAAACAGUUACGAAAACCAAAAAGAGUUGCAGACAGACGUCCUUCAAGUUCUUGCUGUUUUUGUAGGUUAAAUUAACGUUAGACAGUUUCAAGACUAGUGUAGUUAUCUUACAUUGUAGUAAUCUGCGUUUCUAUUCUACGGAAGACCAAAGCCAUACGUAUAUCUUCAGUGGGUCAUAUUGGGUUGAUUGGGUUGAUGCUGUGUUACAUACGGUUAACGUUAGCAGAGGCCUAGCACUGAGCUAACGUGAUAAUUCACCAGCGUUUUCUGGGACUUCUCAGAUGAUACACUCUCCCCACUGCUAAGUGUCCACUGGAAAAAAACAGCAUCACAAUGACAGCUCAAGAAGGAGAGGGAUGGGGAGGCAUUAACCUUUCGCCUCACCUGCACAAUGAAGAGUGUAACAAACUCAUCACUCUUCUGAGGCAGUGCCACACAGAGCACAAUGUCACAAGGUUCUUUGGCACGUGUAACGAUGUGGACCGUGCCAUGCGUCAUUGCCUGAAGAAAGAGAGACUGGAUAAGCGGGAACUCAGCAAGCAGCAUGCCAAAGACAUGAAAAAGAGGCUGAAAGCAGGGAUAAUAGAGGAUCUCUGAAGGACAUUUCAAUGCAACUUUAACACUGCCACUACCAGUUUGAAGGAGUGAGAUAAUGAGACACUGAAUGAAGCAUGACACUGUGUAAAAGGGCCUUCCCUAUGGUCUCAGGAAGGUGACAACUUCUGUCUCUUUGAAAAUUCAAAGGAGUGGAUUAUAUUAGUAAUUAAGCAUUGAGGUCUAAGUGUCAUGUGCUAUACAUCAUUUUGAUAUUAUUUGAGAGGAAAGGUUAUUUAAAAUAUGAUGUGCAUAUACCAAUAAUGAUAUGGUUAAGAUGCAAAGCUUACUUACAACACGUUUGACUUGUUAUCACCCGGACAGACUGGGAUUUACAGCGUUACCAGAACAUUUUAGUAAACACAACAUCAUCGAGAACUUUGGAUGAAAGAUUGUUGUUAGGCAGAAACCUUCCAUCAAACUGUUGAAGUUAGAAAGACACCUCAGGACUAUUCUUCUACCAAUUUCAUGGCAUUAGAGAUGCAAGUAAAAGAUUACCUAAAACCGGAUGAGCACUGGCUCUUCAUGUCAACACACACCCAUGAACAUGCAGAGUGAACACAUUCAUUUUUGUUUGAUUGUUUAUUUGAAUGGGGAAUCAUAUUGAUUCGUUACAAGUUUAACUGCUUUCAAAUAAAGUGAUAUUAUCCUUAUAUUAA